AUGCGGCUGCUUUUCGAGGCAGUGGUUCUGUGCCUGACCCUGGGCUUAGGGCAAUGCGCUGAGGAAACAACACAGGAGAACACCGUUCACCAAGCUCCCCAAGCAGAGUCAUUCUAUUCAGACUGGGGCAUCGGGACCAUCCGGGACAGCUUCGAAACGGUUAACGGCUACUUCGACUCCUUCUUGGAACUGCUUGGGGGUAAAAAUGGUGUUUGUCAGUACAGAUGUCGAUAUGGGAAGGCUCCAAUGCCGCGACCUCACUACAAGCCCCAAGAACCCAAUGGCUGUAGCUCCUAUUUCCUGGGGCUCAAGGUACCCGAAAGUCUAGAUUUGGGCAUCCCUGCCAUGACCAAGUGCUGUAAUCAGCUGGACAUUUGUUACGACACCUGCGGGGCCAACAAAUACCGCUGCGAUGCCAAGUUCCGCUGGUGCCUCCACUCCAUCUGCUCCGACCUCAAGCGCAGCCUCGGGUUCGUCUCCAAGGUGGAAGCUUGUGAAUCCGUCGCAGACACAGUGUUCAACGCCGUCUGGACCCUGGGCUGCCGGCCCUUCAUGAACAGCCAAAGGAGCGCCUGCAUUUGCAGUGAGGAAGAACGAGAUGAAUUGUGAGGAAGAGCAGAUGCCUGGCCUCCAUGAGCCCACUGCCAAGCGUCCCCCCUCAGAUACGACACUUCAGCACAGUGAUUUUCAUCAGCCCUCUGGCCGAGCACAGGAUGGGGGGACCUGGGCCAAGCAAUACACAUCAACUACAGCUUUUGGGCAGAGGGCUGUGAAAGGGGAGACAGCCUACGAAUGUAGGGCAGCCAUGCCUGCUGUCCACCACAGAUGCAGUUGAAUAGCCCUACCCCUUUCCAAGUCCAUCAGCCUGAAUGAUCCGAUGCCAAUUUUCUCUACAGACUGCUCAGGAGAGGCAAGGAAGACGCGUACUGGUUAUAAACAAGGGACUUUACCCAUUUGCUUAGACACACGCAUAUUAUUUCCCUCUGCCCCUUAACCCUCUAACGUGCAGUGCAAGGCAUUAGGUUUCUGCAACCCCUGAAAAUCCCAGUCCAUGGACACUAUUUACAUUUUUCCACCACUGGUGACAGACUGAAGAAGAGGGAUAAUUUGCUUUCAGUAUGUUGCUCACACCCAUCCCUGACAUUUUCCAUCCUAUCAUUACACCCCCUAAUAACCCUGCUUAUUUAAAUACUUGUUGGAUCCUAAAACUAUUCAAAACAUCUGGGGAUUUGGUAAGCACAAGAAGGACUUUAAGUGUGUCUGAUACAGGCACAAUUCAUGUUUGGGCAGAAGGGGACCAAAGCCCAUUGUGUCUGAGAUGUGAAAUCACAGCACUCUCCCACAGUCUCAGGAGAGGAAGCUGCUUUUCUUUUGCAGCGUCAUCCAAAUCUAUUUAAUUAUUUUCCUCCUAUAUCAUUUAACAAAGCUUUUCCCUUAGGAUGCCUUUUAACGGAAAAUGGCUGUGUAUCCACCUCCAUCUUUUGCACAAGGGAAAGGGGAGGCUCCCAGUUGCCUUGGAUGAGAUAUUCAAAAUUCCGGAGGCUUAUCUGUCAGGCGGCAGGGCUUACACGCUACCUCUGUGGGGCAGAGACACUGCCAGCUGAGGAGCGAUCAGCAGCCUCAGACAGCAUUCUUCCUAAAACGUGGUUAAUACUUCCAUCUGCUAUCGGGAGCUUUUAUUGCAUGCAAAAAUUAGAAUUUAAAGAGGUAUAUGGAAUUUCAUCUGCAUAUAACAUUUGCAGACAGCUUUCAUCUGUGUUUCUUGUUGGAAGGAAGUUGCUACUGGGUGCGUGUGCCAUGCCACAUAAAUACUUUAUCUUCUUCUACAAACAUAUUUAUGGUUAUGUUCUUCCAUCUGCCACAGAAAAGUUAAGACCAUAGAA